CAAAAUUGACGACGGCGUCGAGAUAACCGGAAGUGACAGAAUGGACGUUACUUGGACCACGUAAGUCCCAUUGUGGAUGAACCAGCGAUUUUAACCACAGCCGGGCGAAGGGGAUGAAAUUAUUUGAAGUUCUAGAAAAAAUAGGAUUCCCUACUAUGGAAGCUGGUAGAGCAAAAGAGCGACGUAAGAACAGAGCACGAAAACGGCAAGUGUUGCAGCUGCAGUUGCUCAUCUACAUGACGGAGCCAAUAUCCAUGCUGCAAGCACAAUUGUAUCAGCUCGAGAAGCUUCCUCUUACGAUGGAGUCCAGAGGGCCAACAACCACAACACGUUCAACGGCAGAGAGGAAACAGGAUUGGAAUUCCUAUGUGGACCGGAAAGAGGUAGAAAGAGAUAUGCUAUCACACCUCGGAACCCUGAAGCUAAAGGAUUUAACACUUUAGGCCAACUUUGAAGGCAGGUAAGGAUUGACUGCUUUUAGCAAUAGACCAGAUAAGGACACAGGAGCGAGAAAUAAACGUUUCCUCCUUUUUCCAUACAUUCACCGGGAAUUUCUCCCGUGCUUUAUCUCCUGUUCAUCCUCAUGCACGUCUGCUCACACGUUUUCCUGUACAUUUUCCUGGACAUGGGAGGAAUUCCUCGCCGUGAUAUUUGAAGCAGAGAUGUCCCAUGGUUCUGUGUUUGGCAGUUUUUGUCCAGUCAUAAAGUGACAGCGCAGUCAGAGAUAAGUAGGGAGAUGCAUAACGCUACGGUUUUAGGCGAUAA